CACAAGCGAAAGAAAGGAACGCAAAAAGGAAUAGAAUUCAACGAACGAUCUAGAUUUUGUUCCAGUUGCAAUACCGCGUGCUGCAAGAAGUCCCGUAAGGAACUGUAAUUCAUCAAAGAAAGUAACGUUAAUGCGUAACUAUGCUUUUAGUCUGAACUUCGCAGUGGUCUUUAAGAAUCGCAAUGAUCGAAGGUGUCGAAACAAAUUCUAGAAUAGGUAUAUUUUGAGCCGGAGACGCGCUACACAUUUUUUUUGUGAUUUAUAAUAUAACUUAUUCGAGUAGUAAAAAAUAUGGCUCCUCACAAGGCGGUAGUUUGGUUGGUUAAGACUACUAUUUUGAGUACAGUGUUAGCCACUCAACAACUGAGGCUUCCAGUAGUGAAGAACAAAAUAGAAUCAAUCGAUGUGAUAUGCAAUGCAGACUCCUUCAACGUUACUGUAACUUUGGAACAUCCCUUCAAAGGGAUGCUUUCAGCUAAAGACUUUUCAAGGGAGUGCAAUUCUUUCGGAUCUCUGCAGAAAUCAGUGACCUUAAACUUACCCACUUAUGGAUGUGGAUUGAGGCUGAGUUCUAAAAGUGGAAGAAAUGGGGAAUUAUUGAUGCAAUAUAGCGUUACUUUGGCGAUACAGCAAGAUCGACAUCUACGCCAGAUAGCAGAUCAAGAGAUUCAUGUUUCUUGCCAAAUAAAUUCAGAAGAAUUUUCUCUGAAUAGCCAAACUAUGAUUAAUGAAUUGGAAGCUGAUCUGAAAGAUGACGUGAUCAAAAGGAACGGUAGGAUGCGACAAGAUGAGGUCUGGAACCAACAAGUACAAAAAAAUAAAUAUAAGGAAGAUACCAAAUAUCAUAAAUCAGUUAAAGGAGCCAAGGCAUGGAUGGAAAUAAUUUCUGAAAAGGAAAAUGAUUCCCUUGAAAAUGAUAAACUUCGUGUUGGGGAAACGGCAAAACUUAUCGUUAAAUCUACAUUACCAGUCGGAAUAGGAUGGAAAGUUGUGGAUUGCAUAGCCCAUGAUGGACUAGGAGAUUCUUCCCAAAAGCUAAUAAACGAUAAAGGAUGUCCUAUUGACGAUCAAAUAAUGCCAAAGCUGAAGUACGGAGCCAUUCACGAUAAAACAAUAACAAAAUAUCAAGAAGCGAUAACACUUUUUCCAGCUUUUAAAUUUCCUGAUAGAGACAGAUUACAUAUGACCUGUAUGUUACUGCUUUGUAAGAAUUCAUGCUCUGAGACUAACUGUGCAUUAAACCAAUCGAACAACCACGAUUACCGUUCUGGAAAAGUUGUUAAAGAAACUGAGAACAUUUUGGAUCAAAUAAAAAUUUUCAAUAGCGUUGAAGUACUUGCACCUACUAUAAACGAAUAUCACAGAACCAAAGAAUAUGAAGACUUGAUCAAUUCCCCUUUUGAAUUCGAAGGCACGUCCCGAGAAGAGACACUGUGUAUAUCCUAUCACAAAGUUGCCAUAUCUUUUUGUAUACUUGGAAUACUAUUUUUGAUAGCCACGGUUAUCGCGACUGGUGGAUUCUUAAGAGCCAGGAGAUCUGGUAAUACAUUAUCGAUUUAUACACGCAGUAUAUUCUCAAGCAGUAGUGGAACUGGUUCAUCUCAUUUUGGAAGCAAACUGCUGCAUGACCAUUCAUCGUUUGGGUUUUCCACUGGUGGAUUACAAUAUGGGAGGAUUUGAUAGAUAUUUAUUGUAUUUAAAGAUGAAUAAAAUCAUUGAUUUGUUCCUA